AUGCCAUCUGCCGAGUUUGAAGGUGAGAUUAGCCUAUUUGAUAAGCAUUCUUCUAAUUCAGCUAUACUCGAUAUAUCUCAAGUGUUUCAUUGUGAUGGCUUGUUGCUAUGUACCAUCAAAGAAGAGACAAGAAUCGUGGUUUGGAACCCCUGUACUGGCCAAACCAAACAAUCAAAAUUCGAAAUCUGUGAGAUUAAGUCUAACUUAUGGAGGACUCUUGAUCUCAAUAUUGACUGUCAGUUAGUAGACACUGAGUACCGCGUGUCUUUGAGAGGAAAGACAUACUGGUUUGCUGGGUAUAUAUUAUCAACGAGUUUGACAACGGUAUAUUCUUAG